AUGUUUAUAUACACUCUUGCUCAUAAUGCUAGUAACCGUGAUGUGCAAGAGCGAUUUGAACAUUCUGCAGAAACGGGUUGCGUUGGCGCUAUUGAUGUAACACAUAUUCCAAUCAUGAUUUCUUUGGAUAAACAAGAUCCUUACAGAAAUAGGAAGCAAAGGCUAUCUCAGAAUGUUAUGGUUGCAUGUGAUUUUGAUCUUCGUUUUGUAUAUGUACGAGCUGGUUGGGAAGGUUCUGCUUCUGAUGCUAGGAUUCUCCAACAUUCGAUUAAACAAGGUUUUGAAGUCCCAAGGGGUAAAUAUUAUCUUGUAGAUGCAGGAUAUGCUAAUACCCUGAAUUUUAUUGCUCCAUAUAAAGGUGUCCGUUACCAUUUGCAAGAGCAAGGUCGAGCGCAAUCUAGACCGAGCAAUUAUAAAGAAUUGUUUAAUUUGCGAUAUGCGUCAUUAAGGAAUCAUGUUGAACGCAUCAUCAGCAUUUUCAAGAUAAGAUUUCUGAUCCUUAAAGUAGCAACUUUUCACCCAAUAGACUCUCAAACUGGUAUAGUAGUUGCUGCUUAUAUGUUUCAUAACUUCAUCUGUAUACAUAAUGGUACAUAUGUUGUUGAGGAUUUUGAUAAUGAAGUCGAAGAAACUAUCGUUCCUAAUGGAGAUGAGUCAUAUGGAGAGGACGUUGACACCAUGAACUCUGAGCGAAAUACAGGUGCUCGUAAAAUAGAUGAAAUAGCAAUGCAAAUGUGGAGUGAUUAUUGUAGCUAUCGCCGAGAUUGA